UUUUUAUUCAUAAGUAAACCUUCUUCUUCUUCCUCCCCAUCCCAGUCUCUUCUCCUUUUUUCUUUCUCUCUCCUUCCGAGGUCGUCGCUCUGCUCUCUCUCUCUCUCUGCGUCAAUGGCGAAGGAUCCCGUACGAGUUCUCGUCACUGGAGCCGCAGGGCAAAUUGGAUAUGCACUUGUUCCUAUGAUUGCUCGAGGUGUUAUGCUGGGCCCCGACCAGCCUGUUAUUCUGCACAUGCUCGACAUUCCACCUGCUGCAGAAUCUCUUAAUGGGGUUAAGAUGGAGUUGGUUGAUGCGGCGUUUCCUCUUCUUAAGGGAGUUGUUGCAACAACUGAUGUCGUCGAGGCUUGUAAUGGGGUCAACAUAGCUGUGAUGGUCGGUGGAUUUCCUAGGAAGGAAGGAAUGGAAAGAAAGGAUGUUAUGUCAAAAAAUGUUGCAAUUUAUAAAUCCCAAGCCUCUGCCCUUGAACAGUAUGCAGCUAAAAAUUGCAAGGUGCUGGUUGUAGCAAAUCCUGCAAACACCAAUGCAUUGAUCUUGAAAGAGUUUGCUCCAUCCAUCCCGGAGAAAAACAUUACUUGCUUGACGCGGCUAGAUCAUAACAGGGCACUGGGUCAGAUUUCUGAGAGACUAAAUGUUCAGGUUAGUGAUGUGAAGAAUGCAAUCAUCUGGGGCAAUCACUCUUCAACUCAGUAUCCUGAUGUAAGCCAUGCAACCGUAAAAACUCCAAGUGGGGAAAAGCCUGUCCGUCAACUUGUCUCUGAUGAUGACUGGCUAAAGGGAGAGUUUAUCACAACGGUUCAACAACGUGGUGCUGCAAUCAUAAAAGCAAGAAAACUCUCCAGUGCUUUAUCUGCUGCAAGUGCUGCAUGUGAUCACAUUCAUGAUUGGGUGCUUGGGACACCUGAGGGUACAUGGGUUUCCAUGGGUGUGUACUCUGAUGGUUCAUACAAUGUGCCAGCUGGGCUUAUUUACUCUUACCCUGUUACAUGUCGUGAUGGGGAGUGGACGAUUGUUCAAGGUCUUUCCAUUGACGAAUUCUCGAGGAAGAAACUGGACGCGACUGCAGAGGAGUUGGCCGAGGAGAAGGCUCUAGCGUACUCUUGCCUCUCUUGAAUAUCUCCCUUCUGACAUCUUCAUGGAGUGGUUGAUCGCGCCUUUCUGGCUGUAAAAGGAUACAAGUUCCUUCAAAUUUUGAAUAAAGUUUUUGAAUAAAUCAAACUUGCUUCUGCUGAAGCUGUUGUUGUAUUUCUUGAAACUCUCUCUUUGUCGGUACUUGUUAGACUUGUGAUAAUCUUUCUGUUUAAUUUUCAUACCCUCUUUAAUGCAAUUGACUGCCUCAUUUGAUGCAGAAUUAGGAAUA